CUCCCGACAACAUCCUGUCUGCAUACCUGCGUUGCGUUGUUCCGCCGCGCUCUCACACCACACAUACAGGCAUCAUGGCGGACGUGUUGGAUCUUCAUGAAGCGGGAGGCGAGGACUUUCCUAUGGAUGAGGAUGGUGAUGAGAGCAUCCACAAGUUAAAGGAGAAAGCCAAGAAGAGGAAAGGACGAGGCUUCGGCUCAGAGGAGGGAGCAAGAUCCAGAAUCAAGGAGGACUAUGAUACUGUGGAGCAGGACGGGGAUGAGCCAGGCCCUCAGAGAUCCGUGGAGGGCUGGAUCCUGUUUGUGACAGGUGUACACGAGGAAGCCACUGAGGAAGACAUCCAUGACAAGUUUUCAGAGUUUGGGGAAAUUAAGAACCUGCAUCUCAACCUCGACCGCAGAACGGGCUACCUCAAGGGAUAUGCUCUGGUGGAGUAUGAGACCUACAAAGAAGCCCAGGCAGCCAUGGAGGGGCUCAAUGCUCAGGACAUGAUGGGUCAGCCUAUCAGUGUUGACUGGGGAUUUGUCAGAGGGCCCCCCAAGAACAAGAGAAGGACUGGUGGUCGGAGACGCAGCAGGAGCCCGGACAGGAGGCGGCGUUGAGAACAGCAGUUGUCAUUGGCUUGAGGGAGUGUCUAUCAUUAUGUCGCGCAACUCGUAAUCUCAUAAAUCUCAUUAUUGAGUUGUAUUCCAUUUAGUUGUGCAAUUUAAAAUAUUGUGAUACAAAAUUACUCUUGAAAGAUAAAUAACAAGAAUCAAUUGGCCUAACAGCAGCAUUUUUUCCUUGUGUUGUAAAUUGUUUAUUCUGUUUAAAAUGCAACAGAAGGAUAUCCAUUCAGCUCGGCCAAUGAAACUGAUUUACUUUUAACUCAAACUUGUACGUUGUGCAUGCUUGUGGUUCCCUAAAAAUGUUUCGGUUUUCUCAAUCUUACUUGUAUUUUUGUUUUUAUUUUAUACUUGGGGAAAAUUAAACUUUUUAAAAGGUA